AUGACGCUCACAGGGUGGCGCUUAGUACUAAACAGGGUAUUAAUAAUACCGCAACGUUAUGUCUUCGGUUUGCUGGGUUUGUUCGCGUUGGCAAAUGCUUUUACAAUGAGGGUUUGUCUGAGUGUGGCUAUAGUCAAGAUGGUUUCCUAUAUUCCACCUGGAGAACAUAUCAUAGGUGAAACGUGUCCAGAUACCUCUUUAGUAUCAGAGUCAGUGACUAAUACAUCAGUUGUAGUUAAUAAUCGAGAGUUAUACGACUGGAAUGAAGAGACACAAGGAUUACUUUUGAGUGCAUUUUAUUAUGGAUAUGUUAUCACUCAUUUACCUGGUGGACUUCUGGCGGAAAAGUUUGGCGGGAAGUGGACUCUAGGACUUAGUUUACUUUGUACGUCCCUAUCUACAUUGUUUACGCCAUUGGUUGUUACACAAUGGGGGGCUAUUGGAUUAUUUUGCAUGAGAGUUUUAAGUGGAAUUGGAGAGGGUCCGGUAACCCCAGCGUUUGUACUAUUAAUGGCACGUUGGGUGCCACCGGCAGAGCGGUCUCGUUUCGGCGCAAUGAUCUUUGGUGGCGCUCAGAUCGGCAAUAUUGCGGGUCCAUAUAUUUCAGGAUUGCUCUUGGCGGAUGAUGGCGAUUGGGCAAAUGUAUUUUACGUGUUUGGUGGACUGGGUGUGAUAUGGUUUAUAUUUUUCACGUUUCUUUGCUAUAGUACACCUUACUCUCAUCCAUUUAUUUCGGACGCUGAGCGGAAAUAUCUAAACGAAAAUGUGGCUGCUUCUGGCCUGCACAAGAAGCUUGAUCCCGUACCCUUCAAGGCUAUUCUUAGAUCUCCACAACUCUGGGUCCUUGUGAUUGCUGCUGUUGGACACGACUGGGGUUAUUUUACAAUGAUAACAGAUUUACCGAAAUAUUUCUCAGAUGUACUUAAAUUUAAUAUUAGGGAAACAGGCCUUAUGGCGGCUCUACCAUACGUCGCUAUGUAUAUAUUUUCAUUUAUAUUUGCGUCGUUCUGUGAUUUUUGUGUUAGAAGAAAGUGGCAUAGCAUUACAACUGGAAGAAAAAUUUAUACAACAGUCUCUUCUACGAUACCAGCCAUUUUUAUUAUUCUGGCGUCGUAUUCGGGCUGUGAUCGUAUUCAGGCAGUCGGACUAUUCAUAGCAUCCAUGGCUUUUAUGGGAGGAUUCUAUAGUAGUGUUAAGAUCAAUGCCAUGGAUAUAGCGCCGAACUAUGCCGGCACCUGCUCCGCAUUUGUUAACGGAUUGGCUGCGGUAUCUGGGAUAAUAACUCCCUAUAUGAUUGGUCUAUUGACACCAGAUCAAACGGUACAACAAUGGCGGAUUGCAUUCUGGACGAUUUUUGUGGUAUUAGUUGGAACGAAUAUCAUAUACUUGAUUUGGGGUUCUGGAGAACAGCAGUGGUGGGAUGACGUUGAGAAGCAUGGAUAUCCAGAUAAUUGGAAACAUGGACCACUUAAGAAAAGGUCAGAAGACACUGAAAAAAAGAUUGUAUACCCGAAACACGAUCAUUCACCAGUUGCUAAGGAUUAAAGACAUUUUAAUAUCGUAA